AGCGACGGCAGUCGAGACGAAGGAGCAGCGUCGACAGCACCCCUCGGACACCCCGUCGGCCGCCAUGUUGUUUUGAGGCGCUGAGAAGAGAGAUGCUGGAGCAUGAGGUGACCUGAGGGCCGCGCAGGGUCGCCCCGCUGCCAAUGCGAUGCCGGUCAGCACGGUCGCGGCGGACUCCCUCGUGACGCCUUCGCCCAUCUUGCCGCCUCCGUCGCCGCCCCCGGCCCCCGCAAGACCCGCCGCCGACACCUGUCCGCACUGCCAAGACGAAUACGGAGGAGGUUCUGGGCCCGUCUACUGGCGCAUCCACUUGGACCGCGAUCUCCUGGAGACCAUCAUCUCCAUCUACCCUGAGUGGUUCAAGGAGUGCAACUUGGACCUGCUGCUGAACAUGGCCGAGAGCAGUCCGAGCGGCUCGGGGGGCAGCGACGGAGGCCUGUCCGCCGCCCCCGCCGGCACGCCCAAGUCGCCGCCCAAGGCCGAAGUCGACGACUCGCCGCUGCAGAAGUGCAUGGACAAAAAUAAAGAAUCUCUCAAAGUGAAGCUGAUGCUUCGCAGACCAAUCAACCAACUCGUGGCCCAAGGAAUCAUGCCGCCUUUGAAGACUCCGCCAGCAUUCCACGAGCAACGCCAAAAGUUGGAGCGUGCUAAGACAGGUGACUUGCUUAAAGCCAAAAUUCAACAGAGACCUGACAGGCAAGAGUUGGUCCGGCAACACAUUCUCGAAGAUGUGGGUCACGUUGACCCGUCGCUGGCUGAGAGGCAGCGAAUGCUCAAGAAGGCCCGACUGCAGGACGCGCUGAACGAUCAGCUGUCCCACCGACCAGGCCCUCUUGAGCUCAUCAAGAAGAACAUUUUGCACACAGACGAGACCAUCGAAAGGGCUGUUAAAGAGGGCCAGAUUCCAUUCCGAGCGACAUGCGAGGGCCACCUGACCAAGCCGCAGCACCCCAGUCGCUACAUCACCCUCGAAGAGGACUCGAGUUCCGAGGGCGGGCAGUCGCCGCCGCAGUCGGCGCCGCUUUCGGCGCCGCCGUCGCUGCUGCCCGCGUCGCUGGGAGGCCAGGCACAGACGCUGUUGUUGUCGGCGGAAAUGUGCUUCGAGCCGGGCAAGUCGGUGGUGGUGCCGGUGUCGGUGGUGCAGUGCGCGGCGACGACGGCGGCGGCCAGUCCGAGCGUGAGCACCUCCCUGUCCAGCCUGAGCCCGGUGAGCUCGGUGGCGUCGCCCAAGACGCCGUCGCCCGCGCUCGUCGCCACGCCGGUCAUCGCGCUGCCAACGCCACCCCCGCUGCCGCCCCCGACCACCAUCACGGUGCAGCACAUCGCGCCCCUCGCCUUGCCGACCGCCCCCACGUCGAUCUCAACCGCCCUGACGGCCCCCACGGCCGCCGCCCUCAUGUCCACGCAGCGACCCAUCAGCCGCGCCGAGAAGGAGCAGCAGAAGAAUCGCAAAAAGUCCAAGACCAAGACGCAGCCCAAGGCGCGCACCAUCAAGUUUCACGAAUACAAGGGUCCACCCAAUGCUCAAAAAUCAAACAACAGUCCUCCGCCGGUCGAGACUUCGUACGAGCUGCUUCUGCAGCAGCAGCAAUUAUUCCUCCAGUGGCAAUUAGAGUGGCAACACAAGUAUCCGCAAAUAAUUCUUCCGGCCGCGAAAAAGAAGCCCGCCUCGAGCAUAGAGGCCACCUUUCCUAACCUCAUUGCUGUGACCACGGCGGCGUCGCCCCUUCCCCAAAUCCAGCCGCAGCCGACACUCAACUCGCCGCUGCAGCCCUCCCCGAGCCCCACCAUUCUUCCAUCCCCUUCGACCCCGUCGACGCCCUCCUUGCCUCCGCUGACCCCCGAUAGCGGCCGAGCAGUAUCAAAACUCGAAGAGAUGAAAGUAAAUGACCUGAAGGCAGAGCUCAAGAGGAGGAAUCUGCCGGUGUCAGGCUCGAAGCCCCAGUUAAUCGACAGACUUCGACCAUUCAGCGACCAAGUGGUGCUGCAAUUAGGCGGGGACAAAUCCACCGCCUCCAGCUCUGCGUCUUCCGUUUAUGGCAUUUCUAAUCCCAAGUCUGUCGGCACCCUGGCCCUUGGAGAGGAAUCUCUUUCAGAUUUGUCUUCCAUGGACGCGCCUUGCUCGCCAGGGGCGGACACGGCCUUCCUAAGUCUGGAGGCCUGCACGAGUCCGGACAACAGCAACAGCACCAGGAGCCCUUCCUCGCACCCUUCGUCCCCGUUAUCCCUCGGACCAAUGUCGAAUGCGCCCGCGUCCAACCUUCUUUCCCCCUCCACCAACAUGGACGUUGACGGGGAUAUGGACAUGGGCGUCAUGGACACCACCGAAGCCCCGUGUUCUCCUGCGGUAAGCCAGGUGUCCAACCCGAUGUCCCCAGCGUCGCCCUUUGGAAUCAUCACAAAACACCCUAGUGCUGUCAGCGAAGACAUAAUCAACCAGCAGCAGCGAAAAAUCGAGCAGCUGCAGAGGGAGCUGCAGAAGUCGCAGCAGCAGAACCACAAGAUCAAGAGCAAGGAGCACGUGCAGGUGCAGCAGGUGUCCAGCCAGGCGGACAACUCGACCAAGAACCAGCUGCAGCAGCACCUCCAGCAGAAGCAGCAGCAGAAGCAGCUGCAGCAGCAACUGCAGAAGCUGCAGCAGCUGCAGUCCCUCCGACAGCAGCAGCAUUUGCAGGAGAACAUUUCGCAGGCGGCCACUCUGCAGCAGCCCCUCCAGCAGCCGCCGGCCACCGCGGUUUCGGCCGCACCUGCCCAGGGCCUCAACGUCAAGGCCAGCCUGGCCGCCUUCCUGCUGCAGCAGGCCCAGCUCGGACAGACGCAGCACCCGCUGCUCCUCAGCAUCACCACCACCGGCCAGCCGCAGGUGGCCAACAACCUCAACAACAACGUCAAUAACAACAACAACACUGUGGUUGUCAAUAACAAGGACCGCUCGGAGCAGGAGUUGCUGCAAAAGCAGAACCAGCAGCAGCACCAGUUGGCCCUUAACCAGAUCAACCUGCUGCAGAAGCAGCGCAGCAACACCCUCGCCCAGCCCCCUGCCAACCCUCCCCACCAACAAAACCAACGAACUGCUUCCUUGCCAAACUUCCGAGGCUCUUUUGAGCCGCAGGGCUCUCCCCCAGUGAUCCAGAUUGCGUCUCCGAAGCCGGAGCUCAACAAAUCUCCGCCUCCACUUUACGAAGAGGCGGCCAAACUGUUGAAAGUGCACAUCAAGCAGGACGCCAACUCCACGAAGCAAAAGCACAUCAAGAGCCAAAUCGUCGACGAUGUGCUUGAAAUAUUGAUCAAAAAUGGAGAACUUCCUCCGAGUGCUGCUCAAGUUCCUGUAACCCCAACAACCCCAGGCCACUCCACGCAACACGAACUCGUGUUCAAGGCUGCUGCUCAACAACAAGAGACAAAACAAGCUCCCCCGCCCACCCCGCCGCCCCUUCCGGUCACCAUGCCAGACCAAGACCCCACUUUUACGCUUAACCUGCAGUCCAUGAUCAGCGACAUGGCCCUUCCAGAUCCCAAGGCGAUGGAGAAAAGUGAUAACACAUUUGUGAUGAGCCAGCUGGACCUAAUUCUGGGCCAGACGGGCAACAAUCCCCAGCCCAUGAGCAUGCACUGCAACAAUUUAUUCAACCAGACACAGGUGUCGUUCCAGGCGCUUCCGGUGAUGUCUACAAAUCCGACGGUGGACCUGGGGCUGGACCUGGAGUCGAUGGACUUUGGCCAGCUGGACCCGAUCAAGCUGGAGGGCGCCGACCUGCUGGACAAGUGCGACCCUGGGGUGCACGGCGAGGAGCCGAUGGAGGGGCUGGUGUCGGGCGGUGGCGGCGGGGACAUGCCUAUGGACCUGGACAUGUCCGACUGGCUCGAGUCGAUGCUGCCGAGCACAAGCCAGCCGCCGAGGCCGAUGCAGCCCAGCAGCGACCUGGACACUUACGACCCCCUGCUGAGCAACAGCCAGGACGUGUUCGACCUCUUCAACCUGGAGGACACCGACCUCAAGAUGUCCUCGGCGGACAUGAGCGCCCUCAAUUGGGACAAAGUGGACUAUGCUGCCUAGUCAUGAGGAGAGGUGCCUUCACUCGGUGACACAAAACAUGCUUCGAGCUUCUUCACAAAUAAACGAGUUUUGUCGAAUAUAAAAGAAAAAACCGGACGCUUCGGACACUUUACUUUGCAGUAGAAUCUGCCUCUGUUGUUUGACCAAUUAAUUAAUUUUGUUUGAGAAAUUUAUGUGAUGCUGUUGAGUAUAUACUUGGUUGAGACUCCGAUGGAUUCCGACGAGCGGCCGAAAUCGAGCGGGACGAAUCAAAAUUUCGUCAAAAUUUCUAAGAAAUGAAAGUUCUAAGCAUUCCCAAGGUUAUAUUUCGAUUAACACACGAUUCUGCAUUUCCCUUUUUCAAAAUUGUGGUUUUCGCUUCUCGUCGGAAGGGAGUCUUGUAAAUAUUAUGGAUAACAGCCCCGAGUAUUUUCUGUUUGUGUGAAACUCUCAGUGCGCGGCGUGUCGAAUGAUCACUCAGUGAACGUACCUUGGACGGAACCACGUGGUGCUAGAAAAGCGUUCGUGUGCCUUAAUUUGAAAGAAUGCGGCGAGAUUUGAAAGUUAAUCAAAGCGUGGGCCAGAGUGUUGCCUGCUCAGCCCAAAACAUGUAGUGUUUCUUUUUUUUUAAUAAUUCGGUUCAACUUGUAACGCAUGUGGUGAUAUCUUUCAAAGUAAAAUUAGGUUUUAAUUAACGAUGGGGCCACAAAGCAAAGUGGGUUGAGCUUGCAAUGUGUGUGGAGUUUCAGCUUUUAGUUUCGAUGAAGUAAUUAUUUUUUUCAACCGCCCCUGCCGAAUUCGAGCUCAUUUUAUUUUGCGUUGAUUUGAAACGAGGUGCUUUAGAAUUUUGGGUGUUUGUUAAACUAAUGGAAAUUUCGAGGCAGGGGCCGCUGGAAAAAAAUCUUCCGUUGUCGACCACUCCAACGAACAGCCCUUUCUCUUUUUAAUCGAAUUCACCAUUUUUUUUUUGCUACACUAAUGAAACUAAUAGAGAAAAAAUAAAUAAAUUUUGCUGUGCAUCGUGAUAUACAGAGAAGAAAUUUAUGUAAAAAAUCAACCAUUCCCGACGCUAACACUUGUUAUUAAUUUUAUCGCGGAUAUUUUAUUAAUGAGAAUAACAAGUCCGGCCGAUUGCCGGUGUUUAUUUGACUGACACGAGACAACACUAAAUCCACUAAAAAGAGAAGCGAAAUCGAGUCUCGUCCGGCGCCUUUCCUAGCGCCGAAUGUUGGCGGAAAGGAGACUACUUAAUUAAACCUAGCAGUUCUUUAAUUUUAUCACUUAAUUUCCAGCUGUUGUGGCAGGCAUUUCUAAAAAAAAAUUACCUAAAACUACGAUUUAAAAAAAAAAAGCAUAAAAAACGAAUUAAUUUUAUUU